AUGUGCAUCCUAUUUUGGACUCAAGGUCGCCAUCCACAGUACAAAUUUAUCUUUGCGGCCAAUCGCGAUGAAUACCUCAAUCGCCCAACUUCCCUUGCAGAAUGGUGGCAUCCCACGAUCCUUUCUGGCGUGGAUUUAUUUCGCACAGAUCACGGAACAUGGCUAGGGAUAUCCUCAUCAGGACGUUUUGCUGCACUGACGAACUACCGUGAGCCGCUCCCUCCGAAUCCAGAAGCGUUUUUAUCCCGCGGUCUUUUAGUUCGAGAAAUUCUCGAAUCGAACAUCGACAUAGAACAAUAUAUGGAGUAUUUGAAAAAGAAUGACGAUCUGUAUGGAGGUUUUAAUUUAAUUGCGGCUGAUCUGGGAGUGAGUAAGCCAAAAAUUUUUUAUUAUGCGAACAGAGAGAAUCAAGAUGUCGCCGUUCUGGACGAGAAAGAGAUCUAUGGGUUGUCCAAUUCAGUGCUUGGCAACCCAUGGCCCAAAGUCAGGACUGGUAGGAGGAGUAUGGAACGGCUAUUAAGCGAGUUUACCUCGGAAGAAGAUUUGAUCGAGAAAUUAUUUGACUUGUUGAGCACAACCGUCCCGAUCUCUGCGCCUCACCCGACAUCAUUAGACAAAAUCGAAGAAAUCAAAUCAACUAUUCGCGUUCCGGUAGUCGACAUAGGUAACCUCUAUGCGACACGUACGAGUACUGUCAUUCUAGUAGAUCAUAACGAUCGAGUGGUAUUUGUUGAGCGAACACUUUACAACGAGUUUAUACAGAAAUGGCAGACAACCGAUAGGAAAUUCGAAUUUCAUAUUGGCGAGAUUGAUUCAACUGUGGGUGAACCAGUGCCGGGACGAACAAGAACGAGUCUUGUGAACGGUUCGGCGUCAGAAAAUGGUGAAACAAGCCGAAUUUGCAACAGCUCUAAGAUUUGA